AUGACCAUGACAUUCAGCGGAGUGGGUAUAUGUGUUACAAUCGGUGUGAUCGCAACGUGCCGAAUCUAUUCGGAGACACCAAUCGUUCGAGCGACAGGUCGGGAACUGGCUUACCUCCAGCUCUCUGGAUGCCUCGUUUCCUUCCUGGCCCCCUUCAUUUUGCUGGCAAGGCCAUCCGUGUUCACCUGCUCCAUGCAGCGCAUUCUCAUCAGGCACGGAUUCGCCAUGAUGUACGCCUCGUUGUUGACAAAGCACACCACCAGAAGACCUAUGUAUAUAUCACCUCGUUUGCAGCUUGUCAUUGCCGGUGCACUGAUCACUCUUCAAUUAGCCCUGUCCGCCAUCUGGUUCGGAUUUGAUGCCCCAGACACGCGAAUCGAUCCAAUCCGAUCGGAUUAUUUGGUACUACGAUGUGCGAUGAAGGAUAAAAGCUUCCUCAUCUCGUUGGCAUACAAUGUAGUCUUUAUCAUCGUGUGCACAGCGUACGCCGUGAAGACAAGGCGUAUUCCAGAAAAUUUCAAUGAAUCUAAAUUUAUCGGAUUCACAAUGUACACCACAUGCAUCAUUUGGCUGGCAUUCUUACCCAUGUAUUACGCCACCAUGAACAACUUUGAGGUGAGUCAAUCCCCGACCGAUGAGGCUCUGACGUUAUUCACCGAAUAUGUUUGCACAUUUGAUGGAAGAAUCCCUUAA